CGUUUUUGCAGCACGCGCAGCGAGAACGCGCACAUUCAUUCGAGUUGUUGAGUGCGGCAGUGUUUAAUUGCGUGUACGUCACAACAUUGUGCAGCGCUGCAAUCGUUUGGACUGAACGGCACGACAACAUCGUCCUAGCAAGAGAGCCCCAUGGCCACGUCCCAAAUCGGCCGCAUCAUCGGCGUCACAUCCUGCAAGGGCGGUGUAGGUAAAUCUACCGUCGCCUUCGAGCUGGCGCGACGCCUGGCCGGCCGCGGCCGCCGCGUGGGUAUAUUUGACGCGGACGUGCACGGCCCGUCGCUGCCGACGCAGUUAGGUGAAGACAAACGCGCCACACCCACAACUGACGGCUGGCGCAUGGCGCCCGUCGAGGCUGGUGACAUGAAGCUGAUGAGCUUCGGGUUCAUUGGGGAGUUGUGGGAUUCCGAGGCGGACAUCGACCCGCGGGGCGCGGGCGGCGCGGGCGAGCUCGCCGUGCAGCUGCUCCACACGACGGACUGGGGCCGGCUGGACGAUCUUAUAGUGGAUACGCCGCCGGGCACGGGCGAAAUUCCCCGCGCCUUAGCGGCGCGGGCGCACUAUUCCGGUUGCGUGGUGGUGACGACGCCGUCGGAGCUCGCGGUCGCGGACGUCGUGCGGGGCGUGAGCAUGCUGCGCAAGUUUAAUAUACCGAUCCUGGGCGUCGUCGAGAACAUGGCGACGUUCGCGAGCGACUGCGGGAAGAUCUAUCGGCCCUUCGGCGACGGCUCGGUCAACGAGGUGCUGGCCGUCGUCGACGACCCAUCCGUCAGAGCCGUUGCUUUACCAAUUUCGAAGGCGGACAAGGCCGCGCUCGGCCCGUCGCUCGAUCCGUUACUAGAUCGGCUGCCGGCGGAUGCGACCGUGGAGCUGCCCCAGCUGAAUUGGCACGAGAAACCGCACUGGCCCGACAAGCUGUUCUUCGCGGGCCGCGGACAUAAAAGGAGGCACGCGGCCGACGCGAAGUUCGCCAUCACGCCGCCGCGAUACGAUAGAAUGGAGUAAUAAUCUUGUGUCUUACUACGAAACGUAAGAGGGGGAGGGCGCGUUCU